CGAAUGGGUCUGCAAGGUAAAAGUGCUGACAACAGAAGUGAAAAAGUUUCGAUGAUGAUGUGUUUAUCGUAAAAAUGUUCGCCUGAGCGCACGAAUUGUGGUGCGAAGUGUCUUUGUGUUAUUGUUGCUGCAGCAUUCAAUUCCAUUUAAAUUCGACGCAAAUACGGGGGCAAAGUUUCGAUAGGAAUAUAGAAGCAUAGGUUCUAAAAACUUGUGGCUUUCGCAGUGCGAAACCACCUAGUGCAGUGCACAAAAUUGCCAUGAUGGCAGGAACGGAAAAGUGAUUCUGGGUUACGGUAGCAACAGCUGGCAUCCGUUAUGUCAGAAUCGGAGAAUUUACAGGCACCGUCUGACUGUGCCGAAGACGAGCCGGAUGGAUCUCCAUCGGUGGGGAAUCCAACCUGGCACAAGUUGCUGCUGUCUGCUGGUGAUAGGAAGCUGCAGCGGAAGGAGGAGGAUGUGGAAGAGGAAGAAAAUGCCCCAGAAAGUUUGCUUUCCGAUACAACACAGACUUGUGUAGCAGAACAGUCCGAUAUUUGGAAUGUCCUGUGGAAUGAGAGUUUGGGGAAUUACGAUUCGGGGAUAUUUUCGUUUUCGGAAAGUUCCAAGGGAAAAGCGACGCUUAGUCCGAAUGGGCACGAUCUGCACCAGAGAUUCGUGCAACUGAACACGGAGCUGUAUCAUACAAAGACGGAGUUGUUGACAUACAAGUACAAAUGGAACGAAAUUCGUAACGAGGUAGAACUGCAGUGGAACAAAAAAUUGCACCGAGUUGUGGAUGAAAAAAUUAGCUUGCAGCAAGAGGUUGAGGAUUUGAAGGAGCAGUUGGGGAGGAUUGGUAUUGUUGAUGAUUCAUCCGGAUAUUUAGAAUUGCUCAAACUACAAUCCGAUUUGGAUCAGUUGAGGGUUCAGUUGGACUGUAAGGAUCGCGCCAACAGUAUAUUGAAAGAAAAAAUAACAGAGCAGUACUGUAAUAAGGAAAAGCUGUCCCUGGAACUGAGAAAGCUGGAAAAAGUUUUGCUGGAAAUAAGAAAUGAUCUCAGUUCGGCCAAAACCUCGGAGGAUUGGUUCCGGAACGAGCUACACGCGUGCCAAAAUGCAAAUGCCAAACUAAAGGAAACUAACUUGCUGUUGGAGAACAGAGUUAGCUUGGAAAAGGCUCACUGUCAGCAGCUGAAGCUAGAAAUUCAACAAGUGAUACGAAAUGCAGAGGAAAUAGAACGAAAAGCGUAUAAGGAGAAAGAUGAACUGCUCGGUAAGUUGAAUUCUAUUAAAGUGUUUGACAAGUUGGAACAAGUUCCGGAUUUAGUGCUAGCGGAAUAUGUCUCAAAAUUAGAGGAAGCCUCAGAUAAAAUAACUUCUCUAACCGAAAUCAACAACAAACAUGUGCACGAAAAGGAGCAGCUUUCUAUCAGUUUACAGGCAAUGAAUAAUACACUCUCCAAUCAGGAUAAUUUGUUGCGAACGUAUAAAACGAAGGAAGAGGAAUCUACAUCUAGAAUUGCAUCCUUGGAAGAGGAAAGCACCCGACUAAAGAGCGAAAAAGUACAACUGCAGCGAGAACGCAACGAGCUUCAAGCUGCAAUUGCGCGGUAUAGUUUCACGAAUCGAGAGCUAGAUGUCAGCUUGGGUCACCUUAGAGCUCAGCUAAAAGUUUUAUCAAUAAACUUUGAAAACACGCGACAAGCACUCGGUGUGAAGGAAUUUGCCCUACGUAAGUUGGAGCAGGAAUAUCGUACGCUUCAGGAUCGUUAUCAGUUGCUGAAAAAAUGCGGAACGGAGUUGGAAGCGCAGCUUAGGAUGACUGAGUCGUUGGCAGCUGAACGGUACGAGCUGCUUUUGGACAAUUUUCGGAAGAUACAAUCCAAAAACCUCGACCUAGAGUUGAAACUAGGUCAGUGUGUUGAGUACAAUGAUAAGUUCAAAAGAAGCGAGGAGGUGGUCAAACAGCUGAGAGAGGACAUUGAUGAACUCCAGGGAACGAUCGAACGAGAUGCCGUUGUUAGUGGAAGAAAGACUCCGAAGAUAGCUAGAAGCAGAUCAUUUGAUAAAGAAUUGAAGAAAAGUGUCACAUGUGUCAGGCACGGGGACCAGAUUCCUUCAGAUGAUGCUAAGGAGCUCAAAAUACUUUUGAAGGUAGUUGAAAGUGAACAUCGGCAUAAACUGAAACGGUAUGAACUGAACAAUCGAACGCUACUGAGAAAGGUCAAAGAGCACAAUCAGGCUAGAAAAAUGGCAGAGCAGAAAUUCGAAAUGCUACAGCAGGAUAUUGCCAAGGUCACUUCCUUGCAGGGUGAAGUUGCGCGGCUUAGGGAAAGGAACAUUUUGCUGGAAGCGGAUCUAGAAUCUUCCGUUGAGGAAAGCACCACUCUGAAGAAUGAAAAAUCUCGACUGUUGGCAACACUGGACGGUAACUGCAUGUUGCGAGCAGAUGAAGACAUUUGGACUGCAUUUCGACGGAUCUUCGCCGAUCUGCGUGACAAACAGCAUGUGCACAAAGAAAACGGACGACUGAAGGAACAGCUUCGCAUAUGCGAAGUCAAGAUUCAGAAGUUGGAGGAGGAACUCAAAGGGUCAUUGUCCUCUUCGGAGGAGAAGAAUACGGUGAUUGAAAAUUUGAAACUGGCAACCGAGUUGCAGCGAGUAGAAACCGACGAGAUCCGAUCAGAGCUGACGGUUAAAACUAUUCAGCUUGAGGAUUCCCAUCGAAUGAUUCACGAUUUGGACAGCGAACGAAAUUCAUUGCAGGGUUCCAUCGGUGAACAGCAGUUGAAUGAGUCAAAGCGACUGCAGGAGCUUGAUGCUCUACGACAGCAGUUGCAUGCUCGUGAUGUUCAGCUAGAGGAGGCCUACGACCGGAUCAAACUCUAUGAGGAUUCAGAGCAGAUAAUAACGAGUUCUAGACAAAGCUUUUUCGACGAUUUGCAGUUUCUUCGAGAGGAAAUUGUUGCCGAGAAGAAGGAGAAGCAGGAGCUGCAGGGAGUGGUUCGAGCGCUGAAGGAGAAGAUUAUGCAACUGGCGGAUCGUAAUUCAAAGAUCUGUCAAUCCAAUAGUCUACCAGACAGCACCAAUGACUCUAUACCGAGCCUGGGCUCUGGCAACAGUAACCAUUUGACGCAGUCCGAUGUCCAGUCAAAGGUUGAAUCUCCAACCUCCCUCGCAAGUUGCAACGAACAGGCCUUGCAGGAUCUUAUCGCUGAAUGUUCCCGUCGGGACGACCAGUCAGUUAUGCCACUGGAGGAAAGUAUUGCUUCGUUGCGGACGGAGAUGAACCAAUUGAACGCUGUCGUACGACAGUACGGCCAGCAAAGGUAUCGGGGGGUUUCCCUUUUGGAUGAGCUGCAGGAUGCGACCAAUGGGAAUUAUGCCAACAGCAGAUGAGUGUAAGCAAAAUGUAAUUGAAUCUCAGGUGAAACUUCUUUGUCGGUAUAUUGCCGAGACGAGAAGAAAAUUUUGAUACGGAAGGGAAAAUGACAGAUAGUGUGUAAAUUUCGACUAAAAUCUUCAAGCAUAAAACAUGCACUGUGUCCCUCGAAUGUAAGAAUAGCCUUAAGAGUUCUGAUUCCUAAAAGUCAUGGCACGAUAAUCCACUAGUUGAAAAAUCGGUUGAAGACCAUUGAUUUUGCACUAAAAAAUCAUGUCAUAAUAAUGUAAUAAUACUCAGCAGUAAGUCAGCUGAAUACACUUUAUAGUAAAAAUCGACUUCUUUGGACCAGUUUUUAUUCGGGACUCUCUUUUCUCUAUUCUUUCUAUUUGAAUUUCACUGUUGAAGUUUUUAGUCGACUUUUACGCUCUACAGCGAUAGAAAAGGUUUUCGAAGCAUGAUCUGUCCUUCAACAAUUACAUGCACGUAAAGUUCCCCCUUUUUGUUCAAAAAUUGUGGAUAUCUGGAACAUUUGAACGAAGUGUCGCGUUAAUGUCUUUGAUAGAGAUAUACAUCAAAGAGUUUAAAUAUUUUUUUGAAGGCAUGAAGUGUCACCUACAGUUGGCAAUUUAUGGGACGUUCUUAAUGCUGGAACUAAGCGUAAUUUAUUGUCUAAAGGAAAAACAUUGGAUUAAACCAAUCUGUACAUGAAGGCGCUAUAGCUAGCUUAGAUAACUCAUCAGUAACUAACACAAACUUAGAACCAGUUAGACACUAAAGCCGUAAUGCUUAGUGCGUCGUAUUUGGUUCCCAAGUCAAAAGCGAUUGUGUAUGCUUGCCGACGCAUCUUCCGGGACUAGCUAGUUAAAGUAUGGUUUUUAGAUGGUUCGGUUUCUUCUCGUCAGUAACUAACACCAACUUAAUGCUAGUUAGCUAAGUUCCAACCAGCACCAAAUUGGCUCUAGUUAGAUACUAAAAUUCAAAAAAUCACACGUCUUGCGUAAAUGCUAUCCAAAUUUUUUCCCGAUUGCAAAUUUUGCAUAGUACCAGGCGUUUGGUUCUUAUACCAAAGAACGGUUUCGGUUCACACUCCCCGUCGACAAACAGAGCUUCUAUGGUUACUAUCGAGACAUCACUAGGCACCUGUUAGUUGUUUAGCGUUUAAGCAAGAUGUGUGAUUUUUUGGAUUUUAGUGUCUAACUAGGGCCAAUUUGGUGCUGGUUUGGACUUAUAUAAUUAGCAUUAAGACGGCGUUAGUUACUGACGAGGAGGAUUCGAAACACUUAAAAAUUAUACUUUAUGUAAGGUCGUGUGUCCUUGCGAACAAAAAAAUUUGGUCUUAUCCAAAAUGUUUCCCGCUUGGAAAUUUUGCAUAGUACCAGCUAGAUGCUUUAGGCGUACGUGGUCCAGCUGACAAGUUCGAACGAUUGACUGUUGUUAAAAUAGUCCAAGGAGAUACUAGUAGUGCAAGUACAGCUAUUCUGCAUUCUUCCGUCAAUUUGAUUAUCAAAGUAUAUCUGACACGCGAUAUUGACAUGCAGUUGCUUUUAAGUUGGACGAUGAUCCAACCAGCUGACAAACACCGUAUACUAAUUCAGCUUGAUAAUCAAAUUUAAGAGCAAUUUUCUGAGGAGAUACUUUAAUCAAACAUAAAAGUUUUUAUUCCCUGUUGUGGGUCACCUGUGAAUAUCCCACUAAAAAUGCAAAAGUUUAAAGUAAAACCAACUUAGAUUCGCAGUUUAAAAAAGCUACGCAGAAGGUGCGUUCCUAUUCUAUUGCACCGAAAAAUAUGAGUGGGUAAUAUCUAUUACACAAUCAGAGUGAUGUAGAAUAUACCCAGGGCCGUAGUGUGGUUUUCUGGCGCCCUUGACGGAUUCUCAGUUUUACACCCCUUUGUUGUUUAGUUUGGCUUUACUGUUUUUCAAUUCGACUUUCAAACUAUAAUUUAAUGUGAACAUGGGAAUGGCACGCUUCUCCUGACUAAUCUUAUAACUCAUCCUCACUAAGUUUAUAAAGCAGAUGAAGAUUUCAGCGCUCUCCCAACCCGACUAACAGCACGCUACGGGCUUGCACAAGUGAAAUGAAAUUGGUAAAAGUUGCGGCAUUUUUGUAUAUGAAUUUUUUUGCAUGACUCGUUAACUUGACUGAGCCGUGGGUUGUACGCAGCGCACCUGGGCUCGAGUCCCGACCCCGCACAUGGGGUUAGAAAUUUUUCAUAAGAGAUUUUUCUAACCCUAAGAGGCGAAUGACCUUAAGGUUAAAACCUCUAUAAUCGAAAUAAAAAAAUAAAAAAUCUUCCAAUAGAUCAUGUGGACGCAGUUUGCUGCUGAGUGCUUAUAUUCUUUUUCUUGGUGGUGAAUCAUUAGCUGCGCUAUUCAUUAUAACCAAGAGGGUGAAUGUUUUGACGUUUCUUUGUAAAAUGAGUGAAGCCAACAUAAGCUGGCUUGCUGGCUCCUAAGAGAAGAGAAGACAAUCGCGUAGCCAAUUUGAUCUAGUCCUAACCUCAAUAUUGAACCCAGAGCUGCCAGAUUAUUUUUUUGAAAAUCUGUAUCCUCAUUACAAAAAAAUCUGUUUUUGUCUGUAUUGAAUGAAGAAAAAGAAUUUUGAUAAUUGAUUCCCAUUUAUAAGCCUCAAGUAUUGUCUACUAUGAAUUCAAGCAUUAAAUCGGAAUUUAAAUUGUGUACUUUAAAGUAAUCUGUACAUUUCCCAACUCAAGUUUUUAAUUUUUAAAAGUGUUAUGGUUCAUUUGACAAUUAUUUAUUGAAGAAACGGCCAAAGUUAAUGAAAAUGGUUUCAGAAAGGGUCCGCCAAUUGAAAAUUCUUAAAAUCUGUGUUAAUCUGUAUUGUGUAUUAAAAAUCUGUAUUAAAUCUGUAUUUUGUAUCAAGUCUAUUUCUGCCCUUAUCUGUAUAAUACAGAUAAAUCUGUAUAAAUGGCAGCUCUGUUGAACCAGCUUCUGAUUGGUCGUUUUGCCAGUCAAGAGCGUUCAUAAUAUUUUCAAACGGGAUGAAAAACAGUGCUGCUGAAUUUAUUUUAGCUACUUUUCAUACACAUGAACAAUUCAUGCAAAUUGAAUAAAUACCCUGAAUGACGAUAUAACUACAUGUAUUGUUAAGAGAGACACGAAUAAACAUAAAAUUCAAUUUUUAAAUACAGCUACUAUUGUGAAUUCUUGACAGAGGGUCGAUAUUUGAGGAACAAUUAUUUUCAGCAAUUGUGAAAAACAUGCAAAUGGAAUCUGGCAACGAUGGAUGCUUGUUGUCUUUAAAAUUACGACAGGGCCUGGUAGAUAAAAUUAAGAAGAGCAAGAAGCCUGUUGUCGUCUCUUCUCUUAGGCUGGCUCGGCUAGUUGCCAAAAAUGACAGCGAACGCGCUUUAAGCAACGUUCAUAUCACUACGAGCCAAUCUUGUUAACUCGACCUGAAAAUUAUCGAAUGCAAACAAACUUCAUUUUGAUGUGCUUAACUGGUACUCAGGUGAUAAAAGCGUUCGAAUUUGUGGAGAAGAAGCGAUGCAAGAGAAAGCGUGAUUUUUCAUAUAUGGUUAAUAAUUACUUAUUUUGAAUCCAACUUUUAAACAGUGUUGUACAGUUGAUGUGAACAGACCUUGAACAUUUGAAACGUAGCUAGCGCUACUGGCACUUGGUGGCAGCUUCAGGCAAUAAAAAGUUUUCACGGGGCUGAUUAUAACUCAGUCUGCGUUUUCUCGCAUCCACAUUCGUGAUCGCUACUGUCUUCUUGUUGUUUAUGGUCGGAUGUUCUUGUGUACCAAUGAGGUAUAUAUAGGUGUGGCAGAACACACGGUUUGCUAGUGUUGGCAACUAAAAAUAUUUAAACAAUCCAGAAGCACAACGGGUCGACGUCAUAGCGGUCACACGAUUCAAUGGGAGCGGAACGACCGCUAUGACGAAAGCAAGUCGAUUUAUACUGUGAUCACUCACACCACUCAUGUAAGAUUCAUCUUACGAAUACCAAAGUGUCAUCUUCGCCAGACCUGUAUAUACGACAUUGCUUGUGUACGAGUCACUGUAGUGCAUCCGUUUUCUUCGGAGUUGGAUUCUUGGUUGGUUGUGCUGGUUGUUGGUUUGCAGCCCUCAGGUACCGUCAAACGGGGUAACUUACAACAGCGGGGUAGCUUGCAACACUGAAACAUGUUUCUGUGCCGAUGAAUUCAACAACGCUAAUAAUAAUGUUUGCAAUAUAGCUGUCAAAUGUUAAAAGAUAAUCAUGUACUACCAGUCAUUACUUUCGGUUCCUUGAGCGCGACAGGGUAAUCUUCUGUAUGUCUGUAUUUUUCAAUAGAAAAGAAGCUGGAAUGUCGUGCUUUGCUCCAAUGGUAGAGUACAUCAUUUUUAUCUCUUACAUACAGAUCGAGUAUACAAUAGCAAACGUUACUGUUUGAUACAUGAUAUUCAAGAUAAUAACAUGCAACAGUAUUUAUUUUUAUUACUAUUGUGCCUUGAGCCAGCUGGCUGAUCGAGCGUUUCAAACCACAGUCUGUAUAACAUUUUAAAUCACAUUCAAAAGGUUUAACCUACAACCUAUUCUAUAGGAUAAUGCUCCUUAACCCAUUCAUGCGCAUGUUGUUUGUGGACUACAACGUUUUUAAACAGCUAUAACUUUUGAUUAAGGCAAGAUUUGCUCACAAAAACAAGUAAGGCAAAUAAACGUGACUAUUACGUUUCAUUUGAGUACUAACAGUUACAAGGAUCAGCACUAGAACUGAAGUUAUUGCAGUUAGUCUGAUUGGAUUCCAAUGGAGCAGUGCUGCCAGGGACAUUUUUCGUUGACGACGGAAAAUUAAUUUUUCAUAUAUCUUCGUUAUGUUGCAAUAUUAUUGAAAACUGAUAAAACUUAUCAAUUAAGAGUGCAUUUGGCUACGUUUUCCACGCAAGUGAACUAUUGUAAAUAUUCUAGGAGAAUUGUAUUAGGCAUUAGAAGGAACAAUGUGCAGCUUCUAGCACUGCAAGGGAAGCGUCUAUCUUUAUGAAAAAUGGCUUUUCGUGUUUCUUGACCACACCGUUUUCAAAGAAAAAUAGUUUAAAAUCCUACAUGCACUAGAAAAAAGUUGGGCAUGAAAGGGUUAAAUACAACACAGUACCAAAUUGUCUUUACGCGAACUUGAUUCCCUAGAAACUGCUCAAUUUCUAUCUUCCUAUACUCAACUGGAUUUUUCUAGCAUUUAUAAUAGUCCGAUUGUACGAAAAAGAUAGUCGUUGACAGUGUAAAUUUUUUAUGUGUAAUUAAGUUUAAUUAGGCCCAAAUGCGGUAGCUUAACGAGGCCGAUAAUUCAUUUUUUAAGGUACGUCGCACGUGUAAUGGGGGAAGAGAAAGCCGUAUGUAGAGGCGGCUUGGACAGUGAAAAUUAACAGCUUUUACCUGUCUUCAAUAAUAUUUUAAGACAACAAAGAUUUAGUAUAAUUUAGUUUUCGCCGUUCACUGAAACUAUGCCUGGCAACACUGCGAUUGCGAUAACGUCAGUUCUGUGAAUAAUACUUACAAAUAUUAGUUCUGAAAUGACGGGUUAAAGCCACAAUAGUUAGUUUUUCCUACGAUUUCCUGGACUAAAUCGAAUGUUACAGCUGUUCAAAACUCAAUGCGUUGAACAAAGGUGGCAGACACUGCUCUAACCAACGGCUUCAAACAAGUAUGGUGACAAUAGAAACAUAGUAAAAAUAGGCUCGUCACCCUAUUUUUCGCAAAUAAAUAUGCUUUUAGUCACAUUGAUCAUGAAAAAUGUAUAUUGGGGUUUUCAGUACAACUCAGUAUCAGUUGUAGUUACGCUGUAAUAUGUAUGACAUAAAUUCAGUGAAAUCAACUAUCUGCGCAAUACAUAAACUGUGAUUGUAAUUCUCACUAAUUUACGUGUAGAAUACGGAGCACUCAAACGGAACGUCUAUUGUCCAAUGCCUAUACUGUCCAAUGCCUGUACUAAUUCUGGAAUUGACGCUUCAAUUGAAGCGUUCUCAGCAUAAAGGAAAUUUGGGCAAUUGAAACCAUCGCUAUAAGUUAAAAGCAACCUUUUACUGAGAUGCAAGUAUAGUUUGAUAGUUUAGAGGUCUUUGGGCGUCAUUUUUCCCCGAUCUAAUUUGUGGAUUCCAAUACAAUGAAUCUGCAUUUUCAAUAAUAUCAACCCAAAAAAGUAGAUUUUAAUUUUCAAAUGACACAUUUCAUUCAAAAUUCAGUAGAGAUACGAAAAGUUUCAAAGGACCUCGACGACUUCUACUGGGAAUGAACUCAGAUCCAUUGAGCAUAGAAACAUUCAGACGUAAAUGAUCCCUCCUGAAAAAGAACCAGCUGAUGGUUAAAUGGAUAUCUAGCGUGAUUCGUCAUUGACGACUGCAAAUUCCCGUUCAAAAUCAUACACAUUGAACUCAGUCGGACCAUAUCUGAUGUUCUUUCGAAUCGAAGAUCAUCUACUGAGAAGCAGAUAUCUCGAAAAUUCGUCUAGAAUUGUGAUAUCUUGCCUAAAGCAAGCAAAUGACUGCUCGGUAACUAAUAAUUAUUUUAUGAAGGACUGCCGCGUCUGCAUCCCCGCCCACAAAGUUCAGAUCGAUGGUGUGCUCAUCGAUUCUAGCUUUUCAUGUAUGGAUCUACUGAACCACGUGGUUGGCGGUUUAAAAAUCAUCAACUCCAGUCAGUUAAUAUUUUAAGUGGUAUAUGCAUAAAAUGGGACAUCCUUAUAUGUUACAACAAACUCGUACCUUUGCCUAUUUUCGUCUUGUUCCACGAGGCUCGUCUGUUCGGUUAUGCUCUCUUGGCUCAAGAAGAGUUCGACUCUGACGAUUUCCAUGUGGGGACGUAGGUUACUGCUCCUAAAAACAAUAGAAAGAUGAAAUUCCUUGAAAAUGCUAUUUUUUCUCCUGCUGUGUCGUUAAAUAUAACAGCUCGAGGAAGCGCUGACAUUAAGCUGUAGUAAACAACCUCUGGUCUUCAAAAAUUGUCAUGAAACGAGUGCUUCCAGGAACACCAAAAUCUACAUUGACUCAACAUUGCAACGAGAGAUCCAACUUAGUGCGGGACUGGUCGGACCUCAUUUGUGCACUGGACUCUUUGUGUUAUUGUUUUAUUUAUUUCGAAAUUUUUGCAGUUGAAUUUUUCGUGCCGUGCAACUCGAACACGUUCAUCAUUUUUUUUUAUUCAAUUUACAUUCGAGAACAGUACCUUAUGCUCAGAAUAAAUCUGAAUGUUGUCUUCUGACGCCUUUGGAGGAAUUUCAGUUAUUGGCCCCUUUGUUUACAUUAGCUUUCUGACUUUCGGACAAUAAUAUUGUGGUUACAACACACAAAAUAAGUAUUCACACUUGGCACACUUAUUAUGACUUGUCCUCAUCAAAUUUAGUAAGCAGAUAAAGAUUUCAGCGGCUCCCUAAAGUUGGCCCUUGGCGAUUUCAAAAGGGUAUUAUCAUACUGUAGCAGAAAUGGAUUUCUUCUCGUAAUCGGCAGUGCCCUUCACAUAAUUUAAGGCAGCUUAGAUAUUAAUUUCAGAAGCACCGAAUACAAGGGCUUGCACUGUUGUGCUGCUGCUCGUCGGCAUUUGAUCUAUCACCCACUUUCGACAAGUUUUGAUUCGAGCUAACAACAUACAGCCAUUUUGUCUGGUAGAAACGGUAGAAACUAUAUCUGCUUUCAUGAAUUCGAAAAAGCACUAAAAAUGGACAGUUGAUUACGGUUAUGUGAAUAAGAACAGUUUAGACUUGAAAUGUCUGUAGCAUAAAUCUCAAGUUUUGUUUAUCACCGAUUUGUUCAAUUACAAAUUUUCAACAAGAGUGAAGGUUAUGAUUAAUUGAGAUAUAAAUUGGAAGCAAAGCGCAAAAUGCGAGAGUCACUUUAGUGUAAAAACAGGAAAACAAAUUAUACACAAACAAGCACUUGUACACAAAACUGAUAGAAUUCAUAACCAAAUGUAAACAGUAGAUACAUCCCGAUCUAUCCGGUUCGUAUGUUCAACCUAUUUCGAAUUCUUAAAACACCGCACACAAUUCAUAGUUUGUAAUGGCUGCUAUUAUUCCGGGCAUAGUUUAGUAGCUAAAUGGAGUUUCUUGUACGAAGCUCAUCUGGGUUCGAUUCCCUCGACCCCCGCACAUAGGGUUAGAAAUUUCUGUAGCCUAAAAUUUAAAAAAAAAACAUUGCAACUGAAUAUCUCACGGAUUCACGUGACGGUACUGUGAACACGAAUGAUUAUUGGGUAUUUACUAGCAAGUGGUAGAAAUUAUAAUAGAUGUUAAGUAUCAACUUUAUUAUUAGUUUAAAUAUAAGAAAAAAAGAUUUUGUCGAAAACAGGUCUUAGUUCCUUUCUUUGCGUUAAUCUAUUUUUAACUUAGGCCAAUCCAUACGAAGCUCAACGAAUUUAUUGUUUUAUUUUUUAUUUAUCUAUUUAUUUAUCUAUUUAUUCUACAAAAAAACUAACUUUAUAACGCACCAACUAACUGUGAUUUUUUGAGUUGCUCAUUUAAACAAUGUGUGGUAUUCUUGGAUAUCUGACGGGUUAAUGUGUUGAUAAAAGGAAUCAAGCUUUAACAGACUUGUCAAUGACAGUUUAUUCAGAAACGCGUGCCGGGAUUUUUUCUGUUAAAGCCGGUUAUUGAAAUGUAGGUAAUCUGAGAAACUAGCUAUAAAUAUCACUGUCGCUUGGUAGAUAUAAAAUGGGACAUACUUCCAUACCGUUUACACUAGAGUAGAAUUAGGUAUAGAGAGGUAUUUAUCCAUUCAUAUUUAUUCAUUUCGUUUUGAUAUAGCGUUUAAAUGGAACUAGUUAAAUCAGACAUAAACAUGUUCGCAGGACCAACGAUUCCUGGAAAUAAUAAAAAAAUGUCACCAUUGCAAAUACAACAUUGUUCGACAUCAACACUUGGUUCAUUCUGACCAGAAAGAAACUGUCCUUUCGCUUCGCAUUGUGAUUCCCGAACACGACGACGACGCCCGUCAAUCACGUAGGUGCUCCAGGCCAUAUCUACACAGCCCGGCUUAGGGCACUCCGUAGACUUUGCGUGUGCACGCGCGCGUUUUCCGUCCGAUCCGAAAAGUAUCAAAUUUCAGCUUGAUGCUGGCUGCACCAUAUGUAGGUACUGUAACAGCUCUUCAAGUGAUCGAUCGAUCAGCUCAACUGCAAGGCCCGCUGCGAAUAGUCAACCUAGGUGGCACUUUUGAUGGGGUGACUCUUGCUGGUGCUGCACCG